AUGGCUGUUCCUACGUACUGCAGUCAUUCUUUCAAUGUGCUCAAGUCAGAGUCUACUCUAAUCCAAUGGAUCUGCUCCAUGUGCCACUCGGGACCUCAUUGGUUUAUCUACGAGUGCAAAUAUUGCAAGCUCAAGACAUGUCGUAAUUGUUCGAUGAAGGCAUAA